AUGUGCAAAGACUGUCCUCCUUUAAACCCAUGGGAAGAGGGGUAUCAAGAUAAUCGAGAUCCACGCGAUGGAAUUUUUGAGAAGUUCAGCCUCCUUCCAACAGAAGUUCAAUGCGCGAUCUUCAGGGAGGCGUUACCAAGCCCCCAGGUCAUUAAUCUGGCUUUCAAAAUUACUGAAACCCGCGAUCACGGUGCGCGAAAAAUAAUUCGACAGCUGGAGGUUUCCAUACCCACAAAUCCCAGCAUGCUCCCAUUACUUAAAGCCUGUGCUAUUUCAAACGCCGAGGUAUAUCGAAAUGUUAAGGAUAUCGUAAUCACACGUCUGGGAACGAAGAAUCCUUUUACGAUUUCGAACCCAGUGCUGGGGAUUCCUCCGCAUAUUCGUGAUUACGAAGUCGUAAACCGUUUGAAAGCAUCUACGAAGCCUAACACGAGAGGUUAUACUUAUAUGAGAGUAGAUAAAGAUAUCCUCAUGCUGGAUGCUGCUAAUGUCUUCACCUUAUACAGCUACGGUGGUACUAUUUUGAUGUCCAAUAUCAAGUAUCUAGCGCUGCAAAAUGCCUCCCUUGAUGGCAUGAGCUGGGAGCUUCCCGGAAGCAUGCUUGGUGUAAAUUACGAGCUUCAUCGUCUCCACAUUUUUUUCAAGAUUAUCAGUCUACAUUGCCCGGCACUCUCUAAAGUUUAUUUUCUCCUUGACGGUCGCAAUUAUUUCCAUUUUAACGAAUCACCCGUUCAAAGCCAAAAAUUGGAAUUACGGAUCCUUGAUAUGGACAGCGAUUUCUUCAUUCAAGACUUUACUGGUAUGGAAACGGAAUACAAGGCGGAAGGAGAAUGGGAAAUAUCAGCGAGGAUGAGUCUUCAAGAGGAUGCUAAAUAUGUGAUGAGAGAUUGGAAGCAAUACAGGAAAGCUAUCGUUCAGAAUACUGCUCGGGAUAGAGACGUUGUGAAUUUUUGGAAGACUAGAGAACCAAUUGUGGGCCUGGUGGGCUGGUUCUAUGCAGAUACCCAAGAUGAAUCUUCAGUUUUACCUCUUCCUCGAAUGUAUAUACCUUCAGUGCUAGCUUGGUUGCCGGCUCAUGCUGAUGGUACUAUCGUGGAUAAGUAUAAAGGAUUGGCGCAGAUAUUUGACGGUGCUCCAUGGUAG